AUGGCAAAGAAGAACAACAAGAAGAAGAGCGGGAACGCUUCGAACAACCAACAAAAACCAGCAGAACCUGCUAAACCUGUGGAAUCUGUGGUGGAGGAAGAUAAAAGUUUAGAAUCUGAAGCUGUUGAAUCAGUGGAAAACAAUAAAGAUGAAAGUGAAACCAUGGAAAAUGGUACCAAACAAGAGGAGAUACAAUCUGAAGUGGUAGAUUCAAGUUUGAGUAAUGGUAAUGCCUCAAAUAAUGCUGAAGAUCAAGAUAAAAUCAAAGAACUAGAGGAAAAGAUUCAACAAUUAACAUUACAAUUAUCUGAAAAGGAACAAGAAUUACAAGAUAAACCUAAAGUUGAAACUACUGAGCCAACUACACAAUCACCAUCAAGUAACGAAGAAUUAGAACAACUGAAAACAAAACUUCAAGAAACUGAAGAAUCCAAAUCAAAAGUCGAGGCACAAUAUGAAGCUUUAUUAAGUAGGUUAGGUUCAAUGAAAUCUGUAUUUAGUAAAAUGAAAGAAGCACAAGUUGAAUUAGAACAAACUCAAGAACAAUUAUCAGAAUAUGAAAAACAAAACAUGACUCUUAAAAAUAAAACAGAAACUUUAUCACAUGAAAAAUCAGAAUUAGAAAAAAAUUUAAAAUUAUUAAAAGAAGAAAGUAUAGAUCUUAAUUCUGAAUGUGAUCGUCUCAGUCAAGAUCUUACAAAUUUACGUAAAGAAUAUGAAUCAAGGGAAAAUGAAUGGAAUAAUGAACAAUCACAAAUAUCAUCAUCAUAUAAUAAAUUCACUCAUGAAAUUGAAACUUUAAAACAAACAAAUGAAGAAUAUUUAAUAACGUUAGAAAAUGAUAAAUUAAUAAAUUCUUCAUUAAAUAAUGAAAUUAAUGAUUUAAAUGAUCAAGUAAAAGAUUUGAAAACACAAAUUGAAGAAUUCCAAUCAAUAAUCAAUUCAAAAGAUUCCAAGGUUCAAGAAUUAACUGAAAAUUUAAAAAAAUCUAAUGAAAACGCACAAUCUCAAUUAGAAUCUCAUCAAUUAGCAUAUAAACAAUUAGAAGAUAAAUUAUUAACCACACAAACUUCAUUUCAUGAAUUAACUCAAGAAAAUGAAAAAUUAACAGAAUCUUCAAAUAAAUCAAAUAAAUUAGAACAAGAAUUAAAAGAAAAACAAUUACAAAUUGGGAAAUUAAGACAUGAAGCUGUUAUAUUGAAUGAACAUUUAACUAAAGCAUUACAAUUGAUCAAGAGAAAUAGUAGCUCAGAAACAGUUGAUAGAGAAUUAAUUACAAAUCUUUUAAUUUCAUUCUUACAAAUUCCAAGAGGUGAUACUAAAAAAUUUGAAGUUUUACAAUUAAUUUCAAAUUUCUUAAAUUGGGAUGAAGAUAAAAAAGUUCAAGCUGGAUUAAUUCAAAAUAAUUCAAGUGCAAAAAGAGCUUCGAGAGAAAGUUUUGUUUCUUUAUGGACAGAAUAUUUAGAAAAAGAAAGUACAAAAAGAACAUAA